AUGUCUACCGAAGCAGCAUCCAGCAACACGGCACCCCGGAAGCGGGGCCUUGACGUUGCGCCAGCCAGCAACAAUACAAGGCAACGGUUGGUCAAAGUCACGAGAGCAUGCGAUGUAUGCAAGGCGAGGAAGUCAAAAUGCUCCGGCGACCAGCCGUGCGAGACCUGUAAUCGCCGGGGCUUGACCUGCCAGUAUGAAGCCCCCUACACGCGAGGCAAGGUAGUCUCCCCGCGCCCAGUAUACCCAGCAGCUGGCAGUGCUCAGCAGCCUACGUCGGCACCAGCCUAUCCUCAUGCUAUACUCAGCGUCGCACCAAGUAUGACUGUCGUCGGCGAUGAGAUGGAUCCUCCGUCACGGGCUUCUCCUGGGCUCGAGGUAGCUGGCCAGUACUCAGACUCAACCUCUGGUCUCUCAUUCUUGAAUCGUGCUUGGCGGCGCAUCUCCAACAAGGAAAGCAGCCAGGUUGUAAGUGGACAGCUAGGUUCUGCGGAAGACCGCCAGCUACUUAUGAGUGCAGGCGACAAGCCCUUCCUAGAGACCGGAGAAAUACAGAUGCCAUUGCUAGAUCGAAGUCGCCAGCUUCUUCAUCUGUAUUUUGACGUGUGUAUUGCAACGUAUCGGCUAUUGCAUAGACCUACAGUCGAAUCUUGGCUGGAAAUUGUGUCUGAGAAUGCAAAGCAGCAUCGAGCACUCUUCCAUGAUCUUGGUCGCCCCAAGACUGCAGCAGUGUUGUCUGUAUUGGCUAUCGCAUCAUUCCAUGAAGAGAAAGCGGGCGGAGACAUCGGUUCAUCACCAGUGACCCAAGCCGACACGCAGUCACAGAGCGAUAUGCUAUUCAUAGAGGCUUCGCGUCUGACCCAAGCCGAAACUGGUAUCCCAAAGCUCGAGUCUGCUCAGUGCAGGCUUAUACAGGUUUUAUAUCUUCUCAUGUCAUGUCGCUUUAAUCAGGCAUGGUAUACAUUUGGCCAUGCUUUGCAGAUUAUCUCGGCUUUAGGCCUACAUCGAAGAGACGAUCGGAAACGUCAAGCAACCGCCACCAAACGGGAUUACAUCGAUGAACAGUGCAGGAAACGCACGUUUUGGGUAGCCUACACUCUAGACAAGUAUCUUGGCGUUAUCUUCGGCCGGCCCAGGCACUACCACGAUGAAGAUAUCGACCAAGAUUUCCCUGCCGCUGUGAACGAUGAAGAUAUGACCAGUGCUGGCCCAAAUGCUAAGAACACAGAUGAUUGCCAUAUAGAGUCGCUAGUAUAUCAUGCGCGGCUGGCACAAAUUGCCGAAAAGAUAUCGCGAGAAGUCUACUCGAUAAAGCCAGUGCCAGAUCAGAUUCGGCUUGCGGCCUCUCAUCGCCUAGGGGCAGAGCUACGCCAGUGGAAGGCGUCGCUUCCACCCUUCCUGGGUGCCGUCAACCCUAGCAGUCUAAUUCCGACAUUUCGAAGACAGGCGACUGCACUCAAGUUGUCCUACUGCCAUGCUGUGAUUCUAGCCCAUCGUCCGUUUCUCCUGAAGAACGCUAGGCGUAGUAAUGCUGAGAUGCAUAUCCUCGCAAAAGACUGCCUCGCAGAGUGUCUUGCAGCUGCACGAUCAGUAUUGGAAGCAGUCGAUCGUAUGGCUCGGGAGGGUCGUUUGUUUCACGCGUUUUGGUGGACUCACUAUGUGUGUUUCUGCGCUUUAGUUGUGGUGUAUGUGUGGGCUAUCCAACAGAGCACCCACGGUACAGCCUCGGCUGAAGACCCCCACGGGAUUUUAGAUCAAGCUGAGAGCUGUCUGCAACACCUCGCCCAGGCAACAGCGACGAACUCGCCCUCGCGACGAUACAGCAUCAUCUUACAGGAACUUCGCACUGAAGCAAAGAGAAAAGCAGCAAGGUCACGUCAAGAGCAGGUACAUGCAUCAUCGGCUACCGCGGAUGCUGGAGCUUCCGUGGCGUUAGGUGACGACGCGAUACGAGAAUCUCGUUCUGAUUCCGCUUUGCAGGCCUUGCAGCCGAUUUUUGGUAGUAGCCCAAUGGACGUGACUACACCAGGGCUGCAAAACUUCCUGGACGACUGGCAAACGACCGACUGGCUUGACCUUGAUGCCUCCGCUUUUGGCCCUUUCCCUGAAGUGGAUGAUCUGGAGAUCGCUUGGAUGAACAAUAUCUCUUGA